UGUUAAACGGGAGCUUAUCAAAGCUCUGGGGUAGAGGGUGGUUUUGUGCUAUCUUUAGUCGGAAAAUCUUGGCUAACAGAGGCAGGCUUCGUGGAACUGUUGUCUCUUCUCUCCCCACGCACCCCUUUACCCCAGAUAGUUAGGGCACUUUCACUGAGGCGCUUACUUUAUUAGAUCUAUGUUAGAUCUACAGAUUGUGUUAAAAGAAGAUUAUUUUAGGUAAAAACAAGCAGCAUUAACGCAUAGUGUUGUGUAACAGUUGAAUGACAAUACAACUAGUUUCAAUAUGGGAAAAGUAGUGCAAAAUGUUUCUAAUUGUUUACAGUAGGAAGAAUUAUUUUUUUUUUUCCCUGAAAAGGAAAAUUUGUGGGGAUCUCUGCAAGUUCCAGAGAAGAAGAAAGGAGUGACUCGGAGAAAAUGUUUUCCCCAGUGUACCCCUGAGGGUGUGGGAAAGGUUUCUCUCUAGAAAUGUUACCUCCUAGCAGUACUGUAGAGAGCUCAUCACAUGUCUUUAGGGAUCAUGUAGAAGAGGUGGUUUAUGUGGGCAGGGCAUUUUGAGAAGGGAUUAAAGAGGAAAACAGCAUAUGCUUUACGCAAAUAUUUUUCCUUAGGAAAUAUACAAAGGUAAACCUGUUUUCCUGCGAAAGUGUACACGAGAGGAGCUUCUUGGAAAGCAAAGAGAUGGUUUGAUUAGAGAUGAUGACUUGAAAUUGGCAGAGGGCUUAUCCUGUUUGAAGACUUUAUUUUUGGUAGCCAUGAGUGUGUGGAAGGCUUCUGCUGUUGUUUCUGCUAAAUAGUUCUAAGACUUUGGUGUCAGUCCUUUGGAGCCUCCCUGAAAAAGGCCUACUUUGGGUCCUGUGUGGCAUCUCAGGACGUGGUCUGACUGCACCAGUGUAAGCAGAAUGGAAAUGUUACAUUAAUGGCACCUUUGUAAAGUAAAAUGUUUUUAUAGCUACCUAGUAGUGUUGUGACUUAUGGAACUGAAGUGAUUUAUAGCCCUUAAUAUCUAUGUAUGAAAGUCACUGUCAAGACAACAGUAUAUUGGAAACAUCUAAUAAAACAAAUUGGCAUGGAAAUUGCUUUCAUAGAUUCUCUAAUGUUUUGGUGACACAGACAAAUAAUAUAACUGAUGUCUUCAAACUUUAGUGUGCUAGGAGCUCUUAAAAUUUUUACAAAGGCUAGUAGCUAAUGAGAUGUCCUUAACUUUCUUUGCUACUUUCAUGUGGGAAUUGAUAAAGGACCACAGGAGAAGGGUGCAAAAAAUCACUGAGCUGCAGAUUUGAUUCUAUGCAGUGUUUCUAAUUUAGUGCCUAUUGCUUCUGUUUAGGCUUUAUGCGGAACUGGUUCUGUUUAGAAUAUACCCAAAAUUUCAUUUUGAGUGCUUUGCACUUCUGAAGCUGGGAGAAAAUUUGAUGUUGAAAGAAGUCUGUAGUUACAGAAUGAGGAUGAGAGAUGGCUUUUGAUAUUUCAGUUGUGAAACUUUUGAGAGAGCUGUCAGACUCAAAAUGUUUAAAAUAAUGUAGAACAAAGAGAUAAAUACUUCAUGAAUUCAAGGGUAAACUGGUGAUACUGAUAAUCACUGAACUAAAUGUAUGGAAAGUUUCUCUUCCAUCUGUGUACCCAGCAUUUUUAAGUCAUGGAAGUUAUCUGUACAGUGGGAGCUCCUUGCUCUUUUCUGAUAUCAUUUUUAGCAUGCUGUUAUUCCAGGGAAAAAUUUCCCCCCUUGUUUGAGAACAGAAGCAUCAGUCUGAUGUGAUGCAAGGUUGGUAUCAUUUGUCAUGAGGGAAGGGACUUCAAAUGAUCCCCAGUCUGGGGACACAAAUGUAGCCAUGGACUUCUGGAGUUCAGUGAUUGUUUCUAGUAUGUAAACUACAGAUUUUAGUACUGGCAAGCACUAUCGAAGCAUAGCACAGGUAGAGAUUUCUGUUUUUCUUCCUGCUUCUAGGAGUAGCUUUUCAAAAUUUGUAGGGAAAGCAUGCUAUGCCAUGUACUAUGGGCAAAAAUUGAUUCUGUAAGGAAAAAAAUGGAUAUCAUUAAAGUCUAUACUGAGUAAAAAAUGGCACUCUUGUUCUGAAAUACUUCGUACUUAAAUUAUUUUGUGAUUUUGUCUGCCUCAAACGUGCAUUGAUUGUUACAGUGCCAUGAUCUGUUUCACAGGUGCUAGCCAGCCUUACUGGAGCUGUUUAAGCUGCUGCAUGAGAAACUUUUCCAGUUUUCUGCAGCUGCCUGGCCUUGAUCACAGGCUACUCCUUUUGAACUCCUGUCUCCCUCCAACUUGUGCCAGCACUGCUGUGUAAAUAUCUUGGAUAAGCUGGACUGAAGUCUGCCUGAGAACGUAUUUUUCCCCACUCCUUGUGAAUGUCUUCUCAGGUGGUUGUAUUCCCAUGUCUGGUUCACUGUGUGACUGUAUGAACUUCAGGGACUGGCACAGAGGAGAAGCUACAUGGGCACAGGAAUGACUAAGCUUAAAAAAAUAGCCUUAGGCGGUGUGAAACGCUGUGUUCAAGAUGGUGCCUUAUAACCUCACAUAAACUCUAUUCGUCCGUGUAUGAUCCAAACGAAAAGACUUUUGAAAAACUUCUUAUUGCCAACAGAGGAGAGAUUGCAUGCCGAGUCAUCAAAACGUGUAAGAAGAUGGGGAUUAAAACAGUUGCCAUACACAGUGAUGUUGAUGCCAACGCUGUUCAUGUGAAAAUGGCGGACGAAUCUGUCUGUGUUGGCCCAGCUCCCACCAGCAAAAGCUACCUCAACAUGGAUGCCAUCAUGGAAGUCAUUAGGAAAACCAGGGCCCAAGCUGUACACCCAGGAUAUGGAUUUCUUUCAGAAAAUAAAGAAUUUGCUAGACGUUUGGCAUCGGAAGGUGUCACCUUCAUUGGACCUGACACACAUGCUAUUCAAGCUAUGGGAGACAAGAUUGAAAGCAAAUUGUUAGCCAAGAAUGCAAAGGUCAACACGAUCCCUGGCUUUGAUGGAGUAGUCAAGGAUGCAGAUGAAGCUGUCAGAAUUGCAAGGGAAAUUGGCUACCCUGUCAUGAUCAAGGCCUCAGCAGGUGGUGGUGGGAAAGGCAUGAGAAUCGCUUGGGAUGAUGAAGAGACCAGGGAAGGUUUUAGGUUUUCAUCUCAAGAAGCUGCUUCAAGUUUUGGUGAUGAUCGCUUGCUGAUAGAAAAGUUCAUUGAUAACCCUCGUCACAUAGAAAUCCAGAUUUUGGCAGAUAAGCACGGUAAUGCCUUGUGGCUGAAUGAGAGAGAAUGCUCCAUUCAAAGGAGAAACCAGAAAGUUGUGGAGGAAGCACCAAGCACUUUUCUAGACCCUGAAACUCGAAGAGCAAUGGGAGAACAAGCAGUAGCUCUUGCCAAAGCAGUAAAGUAUUCCUCUGCUGGAACAGUAGAAUUCCUUGUGGACUCCAGUAAGAAUUUCUACUUCUUGGAAAUGAAUACUAGACUUCAGGUUGAACAUCCCGUCACAGAAUGCAUUACCGGCCUGGACUUAGUCCAAGAAAUGAUCCGUGUUGCUAAGGGUUACCCUCUCAGGCACAAACAGGCUGAUAUUCCCAUCAACGGCUGGGCGGUUGAAUGUCGAGUUUAUGCUGAGGACCCCUACAAAUCUUUUGGCCUGCCAUCCAUUGGUAAACUGUCUCAGUAUCAGGAACCAUUGCAUGUGCCAAGUGUACGUGUUGACAGUGGAAUACAACAAGGAAGUGAUAUUAGCAUUUAUUAUGAUCCCAUGAUCUCAAAACUGAUUACCUAUGGCUCUAAUAGAGCUGAAGCACUGAAAAGAAUGGAAGAGGCUUUGGACAAUUACGUAAUUCGAGGGGUGGCUCACAAUAUUUCUUUACUGCGAGAAGUGAUCAUCCACCCACGCUUUGUUCAAGGAGACAUCAGCACUAAAUUCCUUCCUGAAGUCUAUCCUGAUGGUUUCAAAGGACACAAGUUGACAGAUCUUGAAAGAAGAGAACUACUGGCAACAGCAGCAUCUUUGUAUGUGGCUGAACAACUGAGAUCACAGCGAUUUCUGGGGACUCCAAGAAUUCCUAUUGCUAAAUCAAAGAGAAGGAGCUGGGAGCUCUCUGUGCGUCUCGGAGAUGGAAUUUACCCCGUUGCAGUUUCAAAGGAUGGCUCAUCAUUUUCUGUGGAAGUUGAUGGGAUGAAACUAAAUGUGACCAGCAAGUGGAACCUGGCUUCACCCUUGUUGUCUGUCACCAUUGAUGGCACUCAGAGGACUAUACAGCGGAUUUCUCGGAAUGCCUCCGGAGAGACAAGCAUUCAGUUUCUGGGCACAGUGUACAAAUUACAAAUACUGACGAAGGUUGCUGCGGAGCUGAGCAAGUACAUGCCAGAGAAAGCAGAAGAGGACACCUCCAGCAUUUUGAGAUCUCCCAUGCCUGGAACAGUGGUGGCAGUUUCUGUCAAGCCUGGGGACAUGGUUUCGGAAGGUCAAGAGAUUUGUGUAAUUGAAGCAAUGAAAAUGCAGAACAGUAUGAUUGCUGCUAAAACAGGCAAGGUGAAAGCUGUGCACUGCAAAGCUGGUGAUACCGUUGGAGAAGGAGAUCUGCUGGUGGAACUGGAAUGAAAGGUUGCCUCCACACUGUUGAAUUAACUAAGCCUUUAUUAUUUUCGUCCAUAAGGUAACAUUAAGGCAUUUCAACACAGAAAAUGGACAGUUCUAUGUGCGAGAUUUUAUACAGGCAUAUUUACUGUAUCAACGGUUAAGACAGCAAACACAGAUGUUAAAUCUUGGCAGUGGAUCCCAGAUUUUUACUUUCAGAAAUACUUGUACAUAACCUUUGUAAUGCUUUGAUUUUUCAGGAUCAAAUAAAAUCAAUAAAAUACCAUUCUGCUUUAAAACAGGAAAAGCCUCUUUUUAAAAAAAAAAAAGAAAA